AUGACUCUACUUCAGUCAAAAACCGACUGCUACCAUGUAAUUGAAGAGCUUGGUAGAGGGACGUUUGGAAAAGUACUGAAAGCUCGGAAAAAGGGAACUGGCCAACUGGUGGCCAUUAAGGUGAUCAAGAAUGAUCAGAAGAGGAGCAACGUCAUCAAGAAUGAGAUCAAGCUACUUAAUGUGAUCAGGCAGGUCGAUCUAGAUGCAUCCCAUCUUGUUUGCUUCUAUGAACAUUUUCGUGUCCAGGAUACAUUUUGCUUGGUUUUUGAGCUUUUACACAAGAACUUGUAUGAAUAUCAGAAAGAGAUCAGAUUUGCUCCGAUUCCCCUAAGACACAUAAGGACCAUCACCGCUCAAGUCUUAGAAGCCCUUUCCAAAUUAAAAGAGCUCUCUAUUAUCCACUCAGACCUAAAGCCAGAGAACAUAGUUCUGGUUGAUCAAGUAAGAUAUCCAUUUAGAGUAAAAAUCAUUGAUUUUGGUUCAGCAAGCAUUUUGAGUGAUGUGAAACAUGUGAAGGAACCAUACAUACAAUCACGUUUCUAUAGAGCUCCAGAAAUUCUUCUUGGUCUGCCUUUCUGUGAGAAGUUGGAUAUGUGGUCUCUUGGUUGCAUUAUCGCUGAGCUUCACUUUGGUUAUCCUCUUUUUCCUGGAAACAGCGAGUAUGACCAGAUCAAAUACAUCUGCGAGACACAAGGGUUGCCGGACAACUAUUUGCUGAAUGCGGCUAGUAAAGCCCUCUUCUUCUUCAAGUACACGGUGGACAACCAAAGAAAAAUCAGAUGGAGGAUGAAAACGGAAGAAUACCAACUGGCACCCAAAGUGAAACCUGUGGAAAGAAGGAAAUAUAUCUUGAAAUCUCUCGACCAAAUAGAGCUAUUGUAUGAAACUAAUUCCUAUUACCCAGAGCUAGAAGUCCUGGCCGAACGUUAUGACCUGAGGAACAUGGUAGAGCUUAUGAAGAGAAUGCUGACCUGGGACUCCAACAAGAGGAUAAACCCUAACACGGCUCUUAGGCAUCCAUUUAUUUCUCUCCAGCAUUUGAAGGUACACUAUAGGAACUCAAGAUAUUACCAGCUGUCGAGGCAGUGCCAAUAUGAUGCCACAGACCAUCUUGGUCUUUGGUCUCUCAACUAUUACCAAGGUCUGAUAAAUGACAUUACUGGUGGAGAGGUCGAAAAGAUGACAGAGCAGAUGAACGAGCUCCACAUUGAAAAGGCUGCUGAAGAAGCUCACUUGAAGAUGACAGAUGAAGCAGGCCAUGCAGACAUACAGCUAUGUGAUUUAUCAUGUUUCGCUGAACCCCUUCCCCCAGAUUCAAGAAGGGAGAUUGUAGCAGAACAGUUGGAUAAUUAUUACACCUCAACAACGUCUAAGGCUCCUCAGUACUUAAAGUCAGCGGUGUGUUUUUCAAAUCUAGUUUUCAUUGGAAAGCAAACCCCAGAACCUGCAAUCACAUAUGAUAACAUCAACAUCUCCAUCGCCAACACUCUUCAUUUAUCUCCAUGCAAUUCAAACGUAGAAGCCCAUACUACUGCACGGAAACCAGAGGUGAGCACAACGUGA